CUAUUCCAAUUCUUCUACACAUAUUCCAAGCAACCACACACUAUCCAUCAUGUUUUCCCCCGUAUCUACUCCCAAUUCCCUCCGCCUCCGACCACCGCCGCGACAAGCACUUCACUCCACCACCGGCACUCUACAGUCUCCAACUUCUCCUAGCAUCCGAUCACCUCGCACUCCACCUCCAUCCGCCACCCUUUACGCCACCGCCGAGACCCUCUACGUUGCAACCUCUCCGUCGGCUGUCAUUUCUCCUCCGUCGCUAUACGAAAUUCUGGGCAUCUCCAUGGGAGCCACCGAAAGUGAAAUCAAAACAGCGUACAGGCGGCUAGCGCGGACUUCACAUCCAGAUGUGAAGGACUCGUCUGGAGAGGAGUUCAUGAAGAUCAACGCCGCCUACUCCACCCUCUCAGAUCCCGAUAAACGGGCAGAUUAUGAUCGGAGAUUGUUCCGAACGCAGCGAUCCCGAUCAUUCUCGAGUGUUACUCCGGCGGCUUCGUACUAUGGAUUUAAUGGUUAUAGUGGCCGGAAUUGGGAAACAGAUCAGUGCUGGUAGUGUUGAUCAUCAAUUUACACCAUUGAUUGAUCCCAUGAACGGAUGUAUAUAAUAUAUUUACUUAAUCAACGAUUAGAGUGUACUAAUUAAUCGAUUAAUCUGUAGGAUAUAUAAUAUAUUAGUAGAUAUUAUCAA